AUGGCUCCUCAACAAGCAGACAGACACUCGUUCUACGGGGGAAAGUUGCAGCCAUCUUCAUCCAGUGCUGGCGCGGGUACAUUCCAGUCAAUUGACCCCUCCACAGGCAAAUCAGUGUGCACAAUCCACACAUCAACACAACAAUCCAUUGACGCCGCUGUUAGCUCGGCGCAAUCCGCCUUCAAGACUUGGUCUCAGACGCCGCCUCCGGAGCGCUCAAGGAUCCUGCUCCGGGCUGUGGCUCUACUACGAGAGCGCAACGAUGAACUGGCGCGCAUUGAGACCAUUGACACAGGCAAGCCGUUCUCAGAAACCUCGACCGUAGAUAUCGUCACCGGCGCCGAUGUCCUGGAGUACUUCGCGCACCUGGUUGGCGGCGGUGGAUUGAACGGGGAGUUCUUCCGUCUACGCGACUCGGCCUCCGUCUACACAUCGAAAGAACCGCUUGGCGUGUGUGCCGCCAUCGGCGCUUGGAACUACCCCAUACAGAUCGCGCUGUGGAAGUCAGCGCCGUGCCUAGCCGCGGGUAACACACUCGUAUACAAGCCGAGUGAAUACACCAGCCUACAUGCGCAGUAUCUAGCCGAAAUCUACCGCGAGGCAGGCGUGCCAGAUGGCGUCUUCAAUGUCGUGUACGGUGCGGGCGAAGUUGGCGCAUACCUAUCAACGCACCCGACGAUAGCCAAAGUGAGCUUCACGGGACAAGUGAGCACAGGAAAGAAGGUGGCCGGCUCUGCGGCGGCAAACAUGAAGUAUGUCACCAUGGAGCUGGGCGGAAAGAGCCCGAUAGUCGUGCUGCCAGACGCAGAUGUCGCACAGGCCGUGGACGGUGCAUUCAUGGCCAACUUCUACAGCUCGGGACAGGUUUGCACAAACGGCACGAGGGUAUUCGUGGCGAAGGCGAUGAAGGAAGAGUUCGAGCGCACAGUGCUCGAGAAGAUCCAGUAUAUCCGAGCAGGUGAUUUGUUCGACAUGAACACAAACUUUGGGCCCCUGAGUAGCAAGAUUCACUACGAAAAGGUCGUCAGCUACGUCCAGCACGGAAUCAAGAAGGACAACGCCAGGCUUCUUUGCGGUGGUACAAUUCAGCCACAAGGCGUUCCCUCAAAUCUCAAGACUGGUUACUGGAUACAACCGACUGUCUUCGCGGACUGUACCGACGACAUGAAGAUAGUGAAGGAGGAGAUAUUUGGGCCAGUCAUGUGCAUUCUGACCUACUCGACGAUCGAAGAGGCAAUUGAACGAGCAAACGCCACUGAUUUGGGUUUGGCCGCUGGUGUAUUUGGCAAGAACAUAGACCAAUGCCACCGUGUCAUUGCCCAGCUGGAUGCCGGUAUUACUUGGGUCAACACCUGGGGUGAGUCCCCCGCUGAAAUGGCCGUUGGCGGUUGGAAACAGAGCGGAGUCGGCGUUGAGAAUGGCCGAAGAGGAAUCGAAGCUUGGGUUAGGAACAAGAGCACACUCGUCGAGAUGGGAGGUGCAGUGCCUACAGUCUUUGCAAAGCUGUAG